AUGUACGGCGAACACGGAAACAAGCUUGUUCAACAUGCCAAGCGCACUCAAGCUCUCACCCAUCUCCCUCCCUACCAAACCGAAUUGGUCCGUUCCGUAGCCCGCGAAGUACGCGACCUCGACCGUGAUGUCGCACACCUCCUCGGUCCAUUCGAGGGCAGUUUCAAUCCGUCACAAGAACCAGCCGUUGCCUGUGCCCUCUUAGUGGAUCAUCUCUGCAUGCGCCGCAACAAACGAUGUCUUCUUGCCUACCACCGUGUCCGCGCUGAAAAGCUCGAGGAGCUAUGCUGGAACGGCGUUGAUUUGCUCGAACAGCAGCUACCGACGGCAGAUGAAGGGGCUGCAGGUGCAUCAGGCCAGGGGAACGGGGGAUAUGCAGCGAUGGGCACUGCGAGUGGAAACCACAGUUCGUUGAGUCCGGAAGAAGAAGAAUACUUCCGACAAUAUAGCGAUCUUCUGGCGGCGUAUAAGGGACAGUGGACGGAUAUUGAUCUUACGGGAAGCCUGGAGCCCCCGAAGGAUCUCUUCAUAGACGUGAGAGUCUUGAAGGAUGCGGGGGAGAUUCAGACUGAGUAUGGGGUGAUCAAUUUGACGAAAAACAGUCAACUCUACGUGCGGCAAGGGGAUGUGGAACGAUUAAUCGCGCAGGGGUUUCUGGAGCGUCUGAGUUGA